UGUUAGUUACGUUAUAUAUUUUAGUCAUUAUCUCUCCUGUUUACAGCUAUGCGGACUCAAAAUGCAGCAGUACAUAUGGACCCAUCGAAGCUUUUCGCUACUCGAAGCUCGUUCAGGUUUUCUUCGGUCCAGUGUGCGACUACUCACUGGCCGCAGUCGCUCGCUACUCGGCAGUGUGGAAGAUUCCUGUUGUUAGCGCAGGCGGUCUCUCUCAUGACUUUGGUAUGGAUAAAAGAGAUCCACAGGCAGAAUACAGAACUUUGACCCGAGUGGGCCUGACAUCCUUCACCAGUAUGGCCCAAGUGACGACCACAAUACUCAAAGUCCACAAGUGGGAAAAGGUCCUUAUUGUGUACGAAGUAUCCGGAUUCCCUCAAAUCCAGGACAAGUUUUGCUACCUGGCCGUGUCUGCCUUGGUUUAUGUCAGCAAGGAGGACAAAGGUAUCAAAAGGCCUUUUGAGUUUGCUAUGUUCGAACCACACAGACAUAAUUUGGCUUCAAUCUUGGUUGAAAAAGUUGGUCUCAACUAUGGUGGUAAGUAUCGGCCUUUUUGGCUAAGAUCAAAGUGUAAGACUUGGAUUUGGACGUGCAAUAUUUUGGGAAUCAAGUGGUAG